AUGUCUCUGGAGACUGCCCAGCAUAAUGAACUCCAAGCUUUCAUCAACUUCUUCACGACGUUCGAGUUAUCACGCCCUUUGAACGGGGUCGACGACCUCAACGAUGGCGCUAUCCUAUUCGACAUCCUAUCUCUCGCAGAUGGCACCUACUUCCGGCCAACAAGCAAACCCUCCUCACAGCCGUCUGACAACUGGGUCCUGCGGUUCAGUUCUCUCAAACGACUGUACAGGCUCAUGUCCCAGUACUUCCCUGACGUUCUCCAGAAAUCCAUCGCAAAUCUUGAAGUCCCAAACCUCCAAGCGAUCGCCAAAGACAGCGAUCCCGGGGCAAUUCUCGCUCUGUGUAGAUUGACAGUGGUGAUCGGGGUGCAAUGCGAGAAAAACAAGGAGUUUAUUGGCAAGAUCCAGGAGCUGAGCCAGGCGGACCAGCACUGUCUUAUGAAGGCCAUUGAACAGGUGAUGGGGAACAUUGGUACUGGGAAUGUCAGUGACAUUAGUGAAGCUACUAUGACAGAAGACGACCACUACUAUCAAAUCCAGUCUGAACGGAGUCAAGUGUUUGCCGAAAAAGCCAAUUUGGAAAAGCUGUACCAUGCCCUCGUCGAAGCCCACCAGAAACUCGAAGCCAAGCAAGAAGACCUGGUCUCCGAACGCGACGACGCCCUCUCCCAAUUACAGGAACUGCGAAGCGAACGAGACAGUGGUCGACGGAACGAGAAAUCUGAUGUGCACCUUCGAGCUGAAUUGGACAGGGAGGGUGUCAGCCAGAAGAGUGAAGAAAACCUCUCGAUAGCCGAGUCCGAGCUGGACAAGAAUGUAAAGAUGGUGGAGGAGUUGACACGGACAGUCGACGAACUCCAAGCCCAGGCGGAUGAAGCCGCAAAGCUGAAGGAUAGGCUGGACGAGUACAAACACGCUGCGGAGAAGUUGCAGAAGACUGAGAACGUCAUGGAGAAGUACAAGAAGAAGCUCCAGGAAAAGGCAGAUCUCAAGAACCAACUUAGGGCCCUGGAAACCCAGAACGCCGACCUGGUCAACAAGAAUGCGGCAAUUGAAGAAGAAUACCGAAAGGUCGCGGCGUUCAAACCUCUCAUGGAGUCCUACAAGAACCAAAUCGCCGAGCUGGAAGCCAAGAACGCUUCUCGAGCGCAUGAAAUCGAAGGUCUCAGGUUUGAGCUCGACCAAACCCGUACAAAGCUCAGGAUAACGACGGAGGAACGUGCCAAAGAUGCAGAAGCGCUCGAACUCUACCAAGAGCGUGUCCGGGAGCUGGAACUGACGGCCAACAGCCGACCUCCUCCACCCAAGACCUCUGUUCGCGAUCCUCCUGAUUCUGCGGUCUCAGAAGACUUCGCUCCUGAAGCGCUCGCCAGCCCUUCUGUCGACACAGACUAUAUCGAGCAGGGUCUCAGCGGGGAACUCGACGAUGCUCUAACAGGCCGAACGAUGACUGAUCUCAAGUUGCAAAUCAAGAGACUCGAAAGAGAGUUGGAGCGGGCAAAGAAGAACGAGGCAGAUAGCAGCCGGAUUCUCGUCUUGGAAAACUUGUUGGAGGAUGCUAACCGAGGGAAGUCGCGGAUUGAGGCUGAUUACCUGAAUGAACAUCGCAAGACGUUGGUGUUGCAGCGUCAGUUAGAUGAGAUUCGGGAAGGCAAGUCUAUCAGUGAUGGACCCGAAGUUGCCAUUGCUCUGCGACAACGACUCAAUGAGACUGUCGAGCAGCUGGAAACCCUGCAGAAGGAGCAUGCCGAGUUGGAAGUCAAGUUCGACACGAUGAAUCGCGAACUGAUCAUUGCCAAGUCUGAUCUUACACUGGUGAACAAGGACCAGCUAGAUAUCCUCACGUCUUUGCGAGAAUCUGUGAACGAAGACAAGGCGGAAUUGGAAGCAGAGAACGAGAAACAGAAGAAGCAAAUUCGGGAGUUGGUAGAGAAGAACCACAUGCAGCUCGAGCAGAUCAAUGGUCUCCUCAUGGACAAGAUGUCUCUGCAAACGGAAGGCAUUGGGCAGAGAGAGAAACUCCUCCAGCGAGACUUUGGUGACGCUAACGCUUGGAUGUCCGCACUGCCGACUGGAAAGGAGAUUCCAGAAGAGUUUAAGCAAAGGUGGUUGUCGAUCCACGAAGAGUGUGUAACGAUGAAAGAAACUAUCAAGACUCUGAAUGAGAAACUCGCCAAGGCCAAACAGGUUCUCAAGACUCAAGACGCCUUGCUAAAGGAGGCUCAAGCCAACCCCUUGGCGAGAGCUGGUACUUCCGGGGAAGCCGAGGCUAACUUCCGAGCGGAAAUCAAGCAGCGGGACGAGGAAAUUGCGCAAAUAAAGGUGCAAUUGAGAGAAGCGCAAACGCGGUACAUGCGGGAACAGGAGUUGAUGAUCAGCUAUAUCCAUAACAUUGGAAUGAGGAACGUCCGCCAGCAUCUCAGUGCUCCACACAAUACCGAGAAGACUAGCUUUUUAGGCGCCCAUCGGAGUGCGAACAGUCAUGUCUUGCGACGGCAGUAG